GAGGGUUUCGAAUAGUGAUUGAGUUUCUGAAAAAAGAAUUUAUAGCUUCGUUUGAUUCAUGGGUUCUUCGAACGGUGGCGUGCCGCCAGGUUUCCGGUUUCAUCCGACCGAUGAAGAACUUCUUCAUUAUUACUUGAAGAAGAAGGUGAACUUUCAGAAGUUUGAUAUGGAGGUCAUUAGAGAAGUGGACUUGAACAAGAUUGAGCCGUGGGACUUGCAAGAAAGGUGUAGAAUAGGGUCCACACCACAGAACGAGUGGUACUUCUUCAGCCACAAGGACAGGAAGUAUCCGACGGGGUCGAGGACAAACCGGGCAACGAACGCCGGCUUCUGGAAGGCCACCGGACGAGACAAGUGCAUCCGAAACAGCUUCAAGAAAAUUGGCAUGAGGAAGACUCUCGUCUUCUAUAGAGGCCGAGCUCCUCAUGGCCACAAGACUGACUGGAUCAUGCAUGAAUAUCGCCUCGAAGAUGCUGACGAUGCCCAACCUAAUCCCAAUGAAGAUGGGUGGGUGGUUUGCAGAGUGUUCAAGAAGAAGAACCUAUUCAAAAUUGGAAAUGAAGGAACCUCCAUGCAUAACACAGACCAACAACUCAACAAUUCCUCAAGCAUCAACCAACCCCGCUCCUUCAUGCGCAGAGAGAGCCAAUACUUAAUGCAUCAUCAUCAUCAACAACAGCAAAACCCCAGAAACUCUUCUGGGUUCCAACUUGAAAAACCCGAGCUUGCUCUUCACUAUCCCCCUCCUCACUUGCAAAACCCUCAAUACUCUCUCUUCCAGGCUCAGCCCCUCCUUCCUCCUGCAGCUCACUACAAUUCCUAUUCAUCAGCCCUACCUUCAGACACUCCUUCCAUGGCUGCCAAACAACUCAUGACGAACCCGGCCGGCGACUGUGAUAGUGGCGGCAGUGAGGGCUUGAGGUACCAAGUUUCGGAGACCGGAAAUAUGGAGGUUGGCACGUGUGAACCCACAGGUCAAGAGAUUGGAACAGGAAGAGAAGAUCAAGGUGGGUUUAAUGAAUGGGGUGUGCUUGAUAGGCUUGUGGUCACUUCUCAUCAUCUCGGAAAUGAAGAAUCAUCUAAAGGAGUAAGGUUCGAGGAUGCAAGUAAUCCACAGUCUGUUCAUCAGAUCAAUCAUCAGCAGCAACUUUCAUUGCGUGGAGAAGUCGACUUUUGGGGCUAUGGAAAACAAUAA